UGUGAGAAUGAAGGUCUCACACAACCAGCAAUAGUGUCGGAAUGAUUAAAUUUACACGGGUUCUUCUUGUGAGCGUAGUGCGACGUCCUGCCUGGUAGGCUAUUCGAUCACCAAUGAUGCUUUACUGAACACAACGUAAGGCUGCGACGUCUUCAAAGUCGUCAGGUCCUACGUAAGGACCGUGGCUAUCCAGUGGGAAGCAGGAGGCCACUAGCAGGCUCCAUCAUAGAGGCAAACGGCGCGGUGAACGGGGCGCUCCUAUCCCAAAUGCUAGGAGGAUAACCAAGUGCGUUUGGCGCAACGAUGUCCGGGUUCGAAAGAGAAGGCUACUGAAUGUCCUGACCUGUACUCCGAGAUUAUCGCAUCUUUCCGAAGGGUCUCCUGGAUGUUACGCACUCCCUCUGCAAGAUGAUGCCCUGUUUGUGGAGAUCCGUACGGCCAGCACUGACUCUGAGGACGGGGGUAUUUACUUGUUCCGUGAGGGGAAAGAGUUUAUCCAACCAUCGCCACACAACGUCCGUUGUCCCAGCCUGUCACUUAGUUACACACCCUAUGAACGAGCCCAUGGAGCCGCUGACUUCUCCGCAAGGAGCCCGUGACUUUAUCUAUAGUCUCCAUCCUGCGGAGCGAACUUGCCUCUUGCGAGAACUCCACCGCUUUGAGUCUAUGGCAGUGGUUCAAGAGCAACUGGAGAUGGCGCGUCCGACCAAUGCCCAGCUUAGAUAUGUGCUUUUUCACAAUGCUCUUCCCUUCGUUGGGUUUGGAUUCCUGGAUAAUGCCAUUAUGAUUGUCGCAGGGACCCAGAUUGAACUAUCCAUAGGUGUCAUUCUGGGCAUCUCUACUAUGGCAGCUGCUGGCUUAGGAAACCUGGUAUCCGAUCUAGCUGGACUGGGUCUUGCAGGUUAUGUGGAGGCUCUGGCGUGCAGGCUGGGCAUGCAGGUUCCGGACCUCAACCCCAAACAGGCCGACAUGUGGCAGACACGCCUCAGCAUUCAUUCUGGAAAAGCCAUAGGAGUGGCCAUAGGCUGCAUACUGGGGAUGUUCCCUCUCCUGUUCUUCAGCGAUGACAAGAAGGAGGCCGCGGAGGGCACUCAGGGCCCGGUGAGCAGCAAAGCUAGCUGAGUGGCCUAUGGUCUGGAGCGCUUAAAAACAACCAAGGACUCACCUUUUAAAGACAUGAAGACUACUUCCAAGGCAAAAGACUUCACGCACAAACAAAGAGCAGCUCUCGGAACAGCCAACAUACAGUACAUUAAAGAAAAUAUUAUAUUAGAUUCCAUUAGGUCUGUUACAUGCAUGGUUUUAUCAACAGCAUACUCGACAUCUGAAACUAUGUAACAUGUAAGCUAUUUUUUAAUCACCAAAUGGGAGCACAACGUGUCUAUAUGGGCUGUACCACAUUUGUCUGUAUUUAUUUUGUAAGUGUAAUGUGUAAUAGAUGUAACCCCUUUAUUUUAGGUGAGACACGUUUUCUUGUCAGGGCUGCUCUUGCUGUUCCGCAUGCCACUCAAGUCUAUUGGACAAAAAAGGACUCAGAGAAAGCUCCAUGUGGCGUAACCCCACCCACCUUAGGUGUUUAGAUAGUCUGUUUUUAGAGUAGCAUGGGAACAUUUCAGUGUGGUUUCCCCAAUACAUCAUCAUGAAAACAUCAGCUGUAUAAAGUUAUAUUUGCUGUGCAGGAAUGUUUAUAAACCUUAAAAUUAGAUAGUGAUUUAUAAUCAGUAGGUAUUCUAAAGACGGAAACUCACAAAUAUGUGAUUGCCUUUCUUAAAAAAACAACAACAAUUUUCCUCACCAGUGGUAGCCUGGACAUCUAUCCCCUUCAUUUUUUUAACGUUCAUAGUGUCCUUCCAUUGACUUGGGCUGAAUCUCAAAUGGCCCACUUGUGCACUUAAGUGUUCAUGUUUCAGUGCGUAUGCCGUAUUAGUUACGCACUAAAACAUAGUGCCUGAAGUGCACAAGUGCGCCAUUUGAGAUACAGCCUUGGUUACCUUUGGCAUUGGCUAUUCCUCAACCCAGUAAUUACCAAACAUUUUGGACCUAAGAAUAUUUUCACAACAUCCCCCGCCCACCCUUUCCAACCGCCAAACAAUUUUGUUGGCCAUACUUAUUGCUACAUUUUAAUUUAAGUUCACAGGAAAAGCAAACUCAUUUAUGAACCAUACAAGUGAAUACUGCCAUUAACCAUUUUAUGUAGUAAUUAUGUUAACAGUUAACCUGUGGUUUUCCCAUUUUUAUACAAAGUUCAUUCUCUCUGCCACAGCCCCGCUAGUUGUCCCGACACCCAGGUUGGGAACCACUGCCCUAACUAAUCAGUGACUAGAGUGACUACUGUAUCUUUACAAAAUGUAAUGCUUCCCUUAAGGGUUACAGGUGACGUCAUCUCUCUUCCAUGUGUUCACUGAUUGGUUAGGUCGUAUUGCCGUUCUGACACUUUAUCUGCUUACAUCAAAGAGUCAAAUGGGCAGUUUAGCCCAGACUAUAUGCCUACUGGAAAUCUGUGAGACUUCAAUGUAUGGAGGGAAAGAGACCUGAGCUACGUUCCCAAAAACGUUUAAGUACUACUUAAACCGAAGUAGCACUUCAGUAUGAAGUGCCCCUUGGGCAAUAUAUCGGAAAUAGGUCUCACAUAAUCACUAAAAGUUUAUUAUUCAUACACCUUGCACAUUAACUUUGAGCAAGCAUUUUAUCUUGUGUGAGAAAAUAAUUGUACCGUAUGUACAAAUAGUGAUAUGAUAUAUUGCCCAGGGGGCACUUCAUACUCUUACCUCAUAUUACUUAAGAAUUUGGGAAACACAGCCCUGAACAGUGGUGGUGUUGUCAUUGAAAUCAUCAUAGAUCAUCAUCCUUUACAUCAGGGAUGGGCAAUUGGAGGCCUGGGGGCCACAAGCGGCCUGCCUCCUCACUCAGUGUGGCCCGUGGAUAAGACACUAAUUUAAAAAAUAAUGACCAGAUGUUUUUCUAAAUGACAACUGAAUCAUUCCUUAAUCUUGUUGGCCAAUAGACUACACUUCUAUUCCUUCCAAACGAUAUGGGCUGUCAGUAAGCAACCAACAGCACCUCAAACUCGAGUUGCAGAUCCGUGGUUAUGUGGCCCUCCGAUAGUGGCGAUGAAAAAACAUGGCCCUCCUCAUCAUGAAAGUUGCCCAUCCCUGCCUUACAUAGUUGCUAGUUUAGAUCUGUAUACAUGAGAUAUAGCUUCAACGCGUUGCCCAAGAUUAUGACAAAGCUCUGCCUAUGCACUACAGACAGCAACAUCAAAUUCUAUGAUGUUUCUAUAACAUGAAAAGCCAGGAACUUUUUAUUUCAUCUAUGCUGAUAACAUAUUUUAAAUAAAACAUUCCGUUAAUUUAAAGCUUGGCAUAAUGAAAAGUAAUUUGUGUUUACUCAUAAUUAUAAUUAAUUAAAAAGAUCA